AUGGCGGUUGGGAGAUUCUUUUAUGAUGCAUGCAUUCCUACUAAUAUUGUGAAUUCCUUCUACUUCAAGCCAAUGUUGGAUGUUAUAUCUGCAAUUGGUCCUGGAUAUAAGGGUCCAAAUUACUAUAAGUUCCGGAUUAAUCUUUUAAAGGAUGCCAAGAAGGAAGUUCAGUUACUUGUGGACUCUUAUCGUGCAAUUUGGGCAAAAGUUGGGUGUACAAUAAUGGGUGAUGGUUGGACAGAUAAUAGACAAAGAACACUCAUCAACUUCCUUGUGUAUUGUCCUGAAGGAAUAUCGUUUGUGAAAUCUGUUGAUGCUUCGGACAUUGUCAAGGAUGCAACUAAUUUGUUUCAGUUAUUUGAUGAGGUGAUUGAAUGGGUGGGUCCACUCAAUGUAGUUCAUGUAGUGACUGAUAAUGCAGCAAAUUAUGUGACCACAUGGAGAUUGAUUUCUCAGAAGCAUAAACACAUUAAUUGGUCACCUUGUGCAGCUCAUUAUCUUAAUUUGUUCUUUAAGGAUAUUGGUAAGAUAGACCAUGUUGCUGAACUUGUAAGACGUGCAUCAAAGGUGACAAUUUUUGUGUAUAAUCAUAUUGCUUUGUUAAGUUGGUUAAGAAAAAAGGAAGGAUGGACAGAGAUUCUGCGACCUGGUGCAACUCACUUUGCUACUACUUUCAUUGCACUCAAGAGUCUUCAUGAUCAUAAACAUGACUUGCAAGCUUUGGUGACUAGUAAGUUCUUUGUGGACUCUAGAUAUUCAAAGGAUUAUAAAAGCAAAGUUGCAGUUUCCAUCAUCUUGGAUAAUAGAUUUUGGAAUGAUUGUUUGAUUGUUGUGAAUCUUAUGUCUCCACUAAUGUGUUUAUUGCGUAUUGUUGAUUGUGAUGAGAGGCCUUCGAUGGGAUAUGUGUAUGAAGGCAUGUAUAGGGUUCGUUUGGGCAUCAAGAAAUUGUUUAACUAUAGCGAAAGACUAUACAAGCCUUAUACAGAGAUCAUAAAGCAACGUUGGGAUCAACAACUAAAGAAAAGCAUUCAUUCAGCAGCUUAUUGGUUGAAUCCAUGUUUCCAAUAUGAUUAG